UACAUCGGCCCAAUAUACUUCAUUUGGUCCAAUAUAGUUAAAUUGGUCGGAUAAAGCUGGGAAUACCCAAUUUGGCCACAUAAAUUAGAAAAUAUAUAAAAAUGCUGGUGAAAAGUGUCUUCAUGGAACUGCGUUCCCGUUUACGCAGCUGCAAUGUCUACAUUACAACUAAUGUGGAUUUUAAAAAGGAUUGCAAUUUGAAAAUUAGUAUACAAUCGAAUUGCAUUGUACUAAAUUAUUAUGAUAACGAUUUGAAAAGAUACGAUAGUUUGUCAUCUAUAGAAAGCCUAUCUGAUUACUCUGAAGAAGAAUCGGACGUGACAUGCGUUAUUCCUAUACAGGAAUUCUGUUUUAUAAUACCGAAUUCCAUGUCGUGUCUUAAAAUCGAGAAAAACACUGUAUCGUUUAGAAUUUUAACCGAACCAAAGAAUGGUGGUAACUUUUAUUCAGAAAUAAUUUCAACUAGCAGCAUUAGCAAAGAAAUAAAAGUUGAUAAAUUGGAAGUUAAUUUUAAUGCAAAAGAAGAUAUGAAAAUUGUUUGCGGCAAUUGUUCUAAUGUACUAUCGCACGGUUCGGUUAAGUUCGACAGGAUUUUAGAAUUGCCGACAGCUAAUCUGGAUAUGUCCGAAUGGUUUUGCCACGGUCACUCCCAUGGUAGCAGUACUUCUCAUGACGAUGUACUGAAACCAAAUAAUCUCGAUUUUUUAUACAGAUUAACUUUUUUCGUUGUCAACAACACAAUCCUAUCAGAGAAAGCUAACAAAUUUAAUUCAAAACGAACAAUUUACCAUUGCAACCGUUGCUUAUCAUGGUUGGGUGUUAAAAAUAAGGAUACGGUGAAAUUUUACAAUAACGAUGUUAAAAUACAUCAUAAUUCUAAUAUAAAACAUAUCUUUACGCACAAGAAGCCAACGCAAGAUGUUACAAUUGAUGACUUUAUUUACACGGUAGAAAGUUUGACUCGUGAGUUCAAUCUCGGUUUACAAUAUACAAUGAUGUGUAAAAUUGUUCUGGAAUGUACUAUGUCUGCAUCAACAAAGCAAUAUUUACUAAUAUGGGUGAUGGAUAAAGAGUUACAAGUGUUAAGAAAUGAUGAAAAUUCUAUCAAGCCUGAUAGAGUUAUGUUAAAGUCGAGCUAUUUAACGAAGAUCUUGUAUAAAAUUGAAUUGGAACUCAACGACGAGGUGGAAACUUGGCUCGCUGAUCCAAGUGCAGUUAGUACUGAUAUAUCAAAAAGCAUGUUUAGUCAUGGCCUUAAUCAUUUGGAGCAAAUGUCGUUGAAAGUGCCUGAGUCUUUCCGUUAUACAAAUGGUUAUACUGUCAGUUAUUUAAAAGCUUGAACACAGAUUAAAUUUACUUAAAUUCUGU